GAAGAUCUUUGUGACAACAACUUUACUGGCGUAUAUUCUCAACUUCAGCUGACAUAUGAAAUGGCAGAGAAUGGUACUGAUUGUGAGCAGCGGCGCGUUGGAGUCUCUAAAGAACAACGCAACGGGAACUUUACCGAUUCCUCCUUUUUGAAUGAGAAGAAGAGAAGGGACCGUGGGGACCGACAGAGUAUUGUUCUCUGGAGGAAGCCAUUUAUUACCUUGCAGUAUUUUUUCCUUGAAACCCUGAUAAACUUGAGGGAAUGGAGCUUAAAAUUGUGGUACCGUCGUGGGAUGGUGGGGUCAACACUGCUCCUGCUUACACUUCUUACAGUAGCGUAUUAUAUUGAAGGAACACAUCAACAGUAUGUACAGUAUAUGGAGAAGAGGUUUUUAUGGUGUGCCUACUGGGUAGGCUUAGGAAUUCUGUCCUCUGUGGGACUUGGAACUGGCCUUCAUACCUUUCUUCUAUAUUUGGGUCCACACAUAGCUUCUGUGACACUUGCUGCUUACGAAUGUAACUCGGUCAACUUUCCUGAACCUCCAUACCCAGAUGAAAUUAUAUGUCCAGAUGAAGAAUCUGUAGAAGGUGCCAUUUCAUUGUGGACCAUUAUAUCUAAAGUCAGGCUAGAGGCCUGCAUGUGGGGUGCUGGCACUGCCAUUGGAGAGCUGCCACCAUACUUCAUGGCUAGGGCUGCCCGUCUGUCAGGAGCGGAACCUGAUGAUGAGGAAUAUGAGGAAUUUGAGGAGAUGCUGGAACAUGCUCAGACAGCACAGGACUUUGCAUCCAGAGCUAAACUCGCUGUUCAAAACCUGGUGCAGAAAGUAGGAUUCUUGGGGAUUUUGGCCUGUGCUUCUAUUCCCAAUCCCCUAUUUGACCUGGCAGGAAUAACAUGUGGACAUUUUAUGGUUCCCUUCUGGACUUUCUUUGGAGCCACCUUGAUUGGCAAAGCAAUAAUCAAAAUGCACAUUCAGAAGCUGUUUGUUAUCAUAACUUUCAGCAAGCACAUAGUGGAGCAGAUGGUGUCGCUAAUUGGGGCUGUUCCAAGUAUUGGACCUUCUCUGCAAAAGCCGUUUCAAGAAUACCUAGAGGCUCAGAGGAAGAAACUUCACCAUAAAGUAGAUGCGGGAGCCCCACAGAGUGAAAACUGGUUAUCGUGGGCAUUUGAGAAGCUGGUCAUCAUUAUGGUGUUCUAUUUCAUUCUUUCCAUCAUCAACUCCAUGGCACAGAGCUACGCCAAGCGUGUUCAACAGAAAACAAUAUCUGUUGAGAAGACUAAAUAAGGGGGAAGAACUCUGGGAGUAAAUGGGCGGGUGACACAAAGAGACAAAAUGCUACUAAGAACCUCAUUUGACCUGAUUAACCGUUAAAAUGCAAAAUUGGCAAAUUAAACUUUGGACAUU